GCGGCAGCUGCCUCAGACAAACAGGAAGUGCGCCUCCCACUUGGUGCUUCUGGAGACGUGAGGUCGCAUCGGCAGUAAUUCCGCGUUCGUUACCCUCCGAUCGCAGAGAAGCUUCCGGUGUUCUUUUGACGGGACGUUUUCCUUUUUGGAUGGAAGUACCAUGGUUUCACCAGCGUAACCCGGCGAGAGCACAGCUCUGACCAGAGAGAUGGAGACCGUGAGAACACUGAAUAAUCUCCCUCCGUACGGCGCCAUCAGCAGACAAGCGGCGGACAACUGCCCCACGUGCCGAGGCAUCGGGAGGAUUCCCAGAGGCCACGACCAGCUGGUGGCCGUGAUACCGUGUAACGAUGUGAGGCUGAGACCCAGGCGCACGAAGCUGUACGUGUGCAUCUCCAUGGUGGUGUGUCUCUUCCUGUGCUGCCUGAUCCUCUUCUUCCUCUUCCCCCGGAGCGUCACCCUGGCGCCCGUGUCCGUGCUGUCCGUCAUGGUGUACUUCACCCCGGACGCCGUCGACAUGGAGGUCACCAAUCUCAUCAACGUCACCAACGAGAACUUCGUCCCGGUUCAGAUCGUGGAGUUCAGCGUUCAGGGUCUGAUCUCCAGGGCCGUGGUGGGGACGUCCAAGGUCACCAACAUGACCACCAUGCGAGGCCGCUCGCAGGACUCGUACACCUUCAAAAUUGACCUGCCUGUUACCGAUCAAGGCCUGAUCACCUACUGCAGGUCGAACACCAUCAAGAUUCACACCUUAUUUCUGGAGCUGCAGAUGAAGAUGAACAUUUCCUAUCUCUCUCACACCGAGCAGCUGUCUCUGGACACCUUUGAGUACAUUGACUGUGGCACCAAUUCAACAAUCCCUCAUCCCGUGAGAUGAUGAAAUCAAAAAGAAACACACUGAAGUCGGAGUGUGAAAUAAUGAAGACUCGGCCCGAACAUUCCCUGAAUAUAUUUGAUCCUCUUCUGUCUGUGACUUUGUGAAUGAUUUGUUUUCCCCCGUUGGCCGCUGACUGCGUGUCCUCAAAAGCACCAAUAAGUAAAAAUGCUCUUAUGUAUGUUGUUUUAGCAUACCUUAAAAACCACCACAAUGUUAUGAUUAGAGUAUAUUGAUGUUUCAAAUCCACGUACUAGGUUCAAAAUGAACGAUGUUGAUUAAAGUGGCGCUUCGUGCGCUUCGUGCGGUUUGGUUUU